AUGCCUACGCGUCGUAAAUCCCAUGCCAUCCUGCUUCUUCGCUCCGCUUUCCUCCUACAACUCACUUUCUCCCUCGUCGCUUUCGCCGCGUCGCCUGCGACGUUUCCUCCCCAGCCUUCGCGACAUCGUGCGACAGUUUCAGUCGCACGACCAGAUGGACGGGAUGGGGAGACCGAGGAAGGCGGGGAGAGCGGGGAAGGCGGGGAGGGUUGGGACGGGGAGACUGACUGGGACGAGGACCCAUGGCGGAACCAGCGAGUUUCGCCGUCGCCCAUGCUGCACGAUCAUGCGACAUCCGUGCGACGAGCUUUGGCGGCAGGCGACCCUGGCGACUCGCAGAGCAGCGCAGACGGCAUGUCCGCCGCGCUAGGCGCCGCAGGACGCGGCGGGUUGGGCCGCCAUAGAUCGCGGGAGGUCCGGCGCCUUGAGCAGCCAAUCACACGCAGCCAGCUGGCGCUUCUCAGCCUGAAUUUCUUCCCAGAAGUUUCCGGAGUAGAUGUGAUUACAGACGACGAAGGGGGAGACGAGGGAGGGAAGAAGCGGAGGGAGCAGGUGGCGUUGCCGAAUUUGGGUGUGAGUGCUGGUGACACAUCAGCAGCUUCCGCUAUCAGUAGCCCAUCAGACCCCCAAGCUGCUGCCUUAUCAUUAGCAAGUAAUGCCAGCUCAUCAGCAGCAGCAAUUCUUGCCCCAUCAACAGCAAGCGCCACUAGCAGCAGUCCAUCGAUCUCCAAAGAUGAAUUCUUAGCUCAUGCUGCCUCAUCCGCAACAGCUGUUGCUACACCUUCAGCGUCUGAAACGCCAAUGAGGAGGCGGUUGGUGGAGGAGCAGGGCAGAGGAGAAGGGUUUCUGAGGCACCUCCAAGAUUCAUCAACAGCAGCUGUUGCUACACCAUCAGUGCCUGAAACGUCAACGAGGAGGCGUUUAGCGGGGGAGAAGAGCACAGGGGAAGGGCUGCAGGGAUCAGGAGGAUUGAGUGGUGCAGUGCGGUUGAAAUGCCCUCCCAUCAGCUCACAGCAAAUCACGCCAGGCAUGGUGCUACUGCCCAACUGCUCCCUUGCCAUAGCCUCUCCAGAGGACGGGCUAAAGGCAUGGGAAGGGAGAAACGGCGAGGGGAAGCAAGGGCCAGGGGAGGAGGGAGAGGAGGAAGGGGACAGAGCAGAGGAGGAGGAAGUGGAGGAGGUAGGGGGUGAGGGAGAAGGGAAGGGGGUGCGGUAUGGGGGGGGGAGGGGGUGGGCGGGGCGGGUGGUGGAGUUGAGGGGCGUGUGGGUGGACGGGCAGGGGCGGGUCUUCAACGCCUCUCACCUCUUCUGGCCUGGCGGGUGCGGCAGGAGGAGGGCGCUCAGUGAGUGGCUGCACGUCAUGGCACCACACUACCUGGGAGCCCCACCGCAUCAAGUCACUCUGCUGCCCCAACCAGACAAGCCAACCCACCUGCUAUUCGUGCAAAGGCUCAUUCAGCACUGCACCCGUCCCUCCCCUGCGCCCCUCUCCUCUCCCCCUCUCCCCCACCCUUUCCCACCCUCCCCUUUCCCCCUCCCUUCUCCCCUAACCACACUCUACACACAGCCCUGUUUCCAACACAGCACCCGCCCCUCCCCCGCACUCCUCUCCUCCCUUCAAAUCAUCCUCUACCUACCCUUUCUCUCUCCCCAAUUCUCCCCGUUCCCUCUCCCACCAGCCCUGCUUCCAGCACUGCAACCGCCCCUCCCCCUCGCUCCUCUCCUCUCUUCGAAACAUACCCCCUCUCCCGUUUCCCUCUCUUCCGCCCCCCGAUUCCCCUCCCACUCCCCCCUCCCAUCCCAACCCCCCCCCAGCCUUGCUUCCAGCACUGCAACCGCCCCUCCCCUGCUCUCCUCUCCUCUCUUCGCUCACAUCACCUCCUCCCUCCUGAAGGCCUUCCCCUCUUCCAUGCCAACUGGACGCUCCGCCGCCGACCGUCUCCGCUGA